AUGUAUAAAAAAUUUUUGUAUUUUUCUUUUCAAAAUUUUCUAUUCAUCAUUAUAUUUGUUGUUUGGUUGACCUCCAAGACAAGCAAACGUUCUUGCUGUGUUUCAAAAUAUAAAAUGCAUGAUGAAAAUAAUAUUAAUUUACAACAUGAUAUAGUAAUUAAGAGAAAGGAUAUAAUGUGUAUAUUUUAUAUACAUGAUAUAUAUAAUUUGGAUAUAUAUAAAAAUUUUAUACACUACGAAAAUUUGAAAAAAAAAAAAAAUUACAAACAUAAUGAUAAUAAUAAUAAUAAUAAUAAUAAUAAUAAUAUACAAAACAGUUUAUGUCAUGAUAUAAAUGAUUCUAUCCUUUUGAAACAGAAUUCUUUAUCUUUCUAUAUACAUAAUAUUUUAUUGAAUCAAAUAUAUAAUAAGGAUCCAAAUAUUUUAAAAGAUAUAAAUAUACCAAGAAAUAAUACUUUUUAUAUUUAUAAAUAUGAUUUAUAUUUUUAUAUAGAGAAUGAAAAUUUUUUUUGUUUUAUUCCAUAUGAUUAUAAACAUAGUCAAACAUUUAUAAGAUUAUAUAAACCGUUUUAUAUUCAAAGAUGUGGUUGUUACACAAAUAUUAGGAAAAAAAAAAAAAAAAAAAGAAAUAAAAAUUUAUGUAGUAAUAUGUUAAGUAUGAGAAACAAUAAUUUAAAUGUAUACAACAAAAUACAGGAUAGAUAUUUGAAUUAUCUUAAAGGUGAUAAUAUAUAUGAUAUGUAUUAUAUUACUAUAAUAAAUUAUAUAAAGAAGAUAAUUAAAAAAAUGUACAGAUAUUUAUAUAUAUAUAAUAAAGGAUGGAUGAAAUAUAUUUAUAACCAAAUAUAUUACAUAAAAAAUGAGAAAGAAAAAAUUAUACGCUCAAAAAGAUUUAUGAAUGAACAAAUAAAAGAAGAAGAUGUUGAUUAUAAUAUUGUUAAUGAUGAAAAAGUUAAAUCUAUACAAUCAAAUGAACAAAAAUCAUAUUUAAAAAAUAAUACUCUUCAAUACUUCCGAUGUUUUCUUGAUAAAGCAGUUGAGAAUAAAAAUGCUAAAAAUGAAUUAGAAAAAUGGAUAGAUCCUCAGAGGAAAUCAUGUUAUUGUAGUGAGGAAUCUGCCGAACCAUGUACAUCUGAAGAUCUUAUGGAUAUAAAUAAUAUAAAUCAAAUAAUGGAUCAAACAUUUUGUGAACAUAAUAAUAAUAAUGAGAAUAAUAUUGUUGAUAAUUCUAGGAACAAUAUUUUUGUUGCUUUGUCAGAUUAUAAAAUAUUAAAAUGUAAUGAUAAAGAAAAAAAAAAUAUUAUAAUAAGCCAAGAAAAAUUAUAUAAUUAUUGUAAACGUGGUUUAUAUAAUUGGGAUAAUAAAAAUUUAUAUGAUUAUUUAAAUUGUUCUAAUGUUAUCAGUUAUGAUAUAACAAAUCAUAAAACAUGUAUAAAAAAAUGUGAAAAUAUAAAAAAAUUAUGUAAUAUACUAGCAGAGUUUUAUUCAUUUGAAGUAUGUAAAAAAUAUUAUGAAAAUAAUAAACAUACAGAAGAUAUAUAUAUUAAUAAUUUUAAAUAUUUUAAUGAUCAUUGUAAAUAUUUUGAUCCAACAAAUAGAGGACUCAUAUUAUGUAAACAUAAAAAUGUCGAAUGUUUUUAUAGUCAAUGGUCUGAUUGGUCAACAUGCUCAAAAACAUGUAUAGAAAAUGAAUAUGAUACAACUUCUAUAAGGACACGCACAAGACUUUUAUUAAAUAAAUUUCAAACACCUUCUAAAUCAUGUAGUUUUAUUAUAAAUGAAAAAAAUAAUUUAAUAGAUAUAAACUUUUGUUCUCAUUUACCAUCUUGUAAUAUAAAUAAUAAUAUAAUAAAAAAUGACGAUGAUCGAAUCAUGCCAUUUGUAAUACCAUUAAAAGAAAUAGAAAAAUUAAAUACACUCAAAUAUUUAAAUAAUGAUGAUAAUAAUUUAUUAAAUGAUAAUUAUAACAAUGAUCAUUCCGAUAAUAUUAAUAAUAAUAUUAAUAAUAUUAAUAAUAAUAAUAAUAUUAAUGAAUGUAUUGUUACAGAUAUGUAUAAAUAUGAAUAUGCUAUUUCUUAUAAUGAAAAAAAUAAAUCUUGCUCUUGUCCUAAUAAUCAAACACCAUGCUAUUUUAAAGAUAUAUAUAAUUCACAAUAUUGGAAAAAAUCAUUAAACAUAUUAUGUAAACAAAAUAAAGAUAUAAAUGUUAUUACUGCUGAUUAUAUUAUUAUUGAUUGUAAUAUGUCUAUAAGUAUAAAACAAAAAGAAAUUGCCAUUAAUACAUAUCUUGCAAUGACAUUUAAUUGCCACUCAGAUAUAUUCCAUUAUAUAUUUUGUUCAAAAAAUAGUCAAUCCAUAAGAACUAAUUUUAUUUAUAUUAUUAUUACAUGUGCUUUCGGAUUUAUUUCAGCUAUAUAUAUUAUACAUCUGUUUAUUAACAAGUGGCAUAUUUUUAAAUUAUUCUUACAUAAACAAAAAAAAAAAAAAACAGAAACAACAUAA